AUGGCUCUGGAGGUGACCCACGCGGUGGCCGGGCUUGGGCUGGCAGAACUUUAUGUCUCAGAUCGAGAGGGAAGUGAUGCAACUGGUGAUGGAACAAAAGAUAAACCUUUUAAAACAGGUUUAAAGGCUUUGAUGACAGCAGGAAAGGAGCCAUUUCCUACCAUUUAUGUGGAUUCACAAAAAGAAAAUGAGAGAUGGGACGUUAUUUCCAAAUCACAGCUGAAGAACAUUAAAAAAAUAUGGCACAGGGAACGAAUGAAGAAUGAAUCCCGAGAGCAAAAAGAGGCAGAAGACAAUUUAAGACGAGAAAGAAACCUAGAAGAAGCAAAGAAAAUUACCAUUAAACAAGAUCCAAGUCUUCCAGAGGCAAAAUGUGUAAAGAUUUGUGCUUUAGAAGCACAUCGAGGCCAACGUGUGAAGGUGUUUGGUUGGGUCCACAGGUUACGUAGGCAAGGGAAGAAUUUAAUGUUUCUUAUAUUAAGAGAUGGUACAGGAUAUCUUCAAUGUGUCUUGUCAGAUGAACUGUGUCAGUGUUACAAUGGAGUGGUUUUGUCUACAGAAAGUAGUGUUGCAGUGUAUGGAACACUCAAUCUUACACCUGAAGGCAAGCAGGCACCAGGAGGCCAUGAAUUAAGCUGUGACUAUUGGGAAUUGAUUGGCUUGGCCCCUGCUGGAGGAGCUGAUAAUCUGAUAAAUGAAGAGUCUGAUGUAGAUGUUCAGCUUAACAAUAGGCAUAUGAUGAUCCGAGGAGAGAACAUGUCCAAAAUAUUGAAAGUGCGUUCAGUGGUCACCGGAUGCUUUAGAGAUCACUUUUUUGAUAGGGGAUACUAUGAAAUCACUCCUCCAACAUUAGUACAAACACAGGUGGAAGGUGGUUCCACACUUUUCAAACUUGACUAUUUUGGAGAAGAUGCAUUUUUAACUCAGUCAUCACAGCUAUAUUUGGAAACUUGUCUCCCCGCUUUAGGAGAUGUCUUUUGUAUUGCUCAAUCAUACAGAGCAGAACAGUCCAGAACACAAAGACACCUAGCAGAAUACACUCACAUUGAAGCUGAGUGCCCUUUCCUGACUUUUGAUGAUCUCCUAAACCGUUUGGAAGACUUGGUUUGUGAUGUAGUAGACAGGAUCUUGAAAUCACCUGCAGCAAGCUUAUUAUAUGACCUCAAUCCGACCUUCACCCCCCCCAAAAGACCUUUCAAACGGAUGAACUAUUCAGAUGCUAUUGUGUGGUUAAAGGAACAUGAUGUAAAGAAAGAGGAUGGUACCUAUUAUGAAUUUGGAGAGGAUAUCCCAGAAGCCCCUGAGAGACUGAUGACAGACACCAUUAACGAACCAAUCUUGCUGUGUCGAUUUCCUGUAGAGAUCAAGUCCUUCUAUAUGCAGCGAUGUCCUGAGGAUUCCUGGCUUACUGAAUCUGUAGAUAUGUUGAUGCCAAAUGUUGGUGAGAUUGUGGGAGGUUCCAUGCGUAUCUGGGAUAGUGAAGAACUGCUAAAGGGAUAUAAAAGAGAAGGCAUUGAUUCUACUCCCUACUACUGGUACACUGACCAGAGAAAAUAUGGUACAUGCCCUCAUGGAGGAUAUGGCUUGGGCUUGGAACGAUUCUUAACUUGGGUUUUGAACAGAUACCACAUCCGAGAUGUGUGCCUGUACCCACGCUUUGUCCAGCGCUGUAAGCCCUAA